AUGGAGCAGGAGGGCUCUGCUUCCCAACAUGGAGAAAUGACAAGUUGGGAUAUCAAUGACAUCAAACUUCCCCAGCAUGUGAGCCAGACAGACUGGUUUCAAGAAUGGCCAGAUUCCUAUGUAAAACAUAUCUAUAGCUCAGAGGAUAAAAAUGCUCAGAGGCACCACAGCAGUUGGGCAAUGAGAAACACCAACAACCACAACUCUCGCAUCUUAAAGAAGUCCUGCCUUGGGGUGGUGGUUUGUGGUAACAACUGCUCUACCUUGGAUGGGAAGAAAAUCUACCUAAGACCAGCCAUAUGUGAUAAAGCCAGGCAGAAACAACAGCGGAAAUGCUGUCCAAACUGCAAUGGACCACUGCAGCUCCUUUCCUGCAGAGGCCAUGGUGGUUACCCAGUUACCAACUUCUGGAGGCAUGAAGGCCAAUUCAUAUUUUUCCAGUCCAAAGGAGCUCACGACCAUCCACGUCCAGAAACAAAACUAGAAGCAGAAGCAAGAAGAUCAAUCCAAAAAGCAAAGACAGCUUUUUCUCCAUCUUCUCUAAGACUAAAAAGAAUACAGGAGAUUGAGUCUCUGACAGGUGCAAUGCCGACACAGGAGCCUUUGCUUCUUUCCAACCCGGAUGCUCACAGGCCACCUGCUAAUUUCAGGGGACAUUUAAGCAAAAGCUCCCAGGAGCCAACGCUGAGCAGCUGCUCUGGGCAGUUUCCAUUCCCAAGGACAGCAGAGGAGGAUGGGGCCUCCAGAGAGGCACCGACCUGGAGCCGAAGCCCAUCCUUCAGGAGGAGCCCCAGAGCCGAGAGGCUGUGCAGUGUCGCGGCUGUGCCCAGCACAGCCCCUUCUCCCCAGCAGUGCACCCACCUCAGCACCCAGCACGUCCUGCCCAUGGCGAAGAGUGGCCGUGACCCCUUCAGGUCUGACGCGGGCCCUUUGGGAGAUGCAUCUUGUGGGGUGAAAUCCCCGCUGGCCUGCAAUGGCGGCUGCCUCUCUCUGCCGCCCUACCCCGCGCCUCAGGGAGGGCCCUGCCCCACGGCGACUUCUUCAGGCAGCCUCUCUUCCGACCUAAGUCCCUGCACUGCACCAGCCUUGUACUCACACUGUAUAGAGCUGGAUGCAGGACUUCACAUGGGAUCUCAUGAGAAUGGAGUAGAUGAGGAGAAUCCUCCUCCUCCACCUGUGGUCACAUUUCUUUUGAUGCAGCCCAGGAUACAUUUGGGCUUCUGA